AUGGAUUGGCAGCCUCAUGCUCUAGAAAGUUACGGCGGCCCUGCAUCCCCUGUCGCGUUUCCAAAAAAGGAUGCAAUAGAGAUAUACCCGCCUGUCAGUCUUGCUGUGACCGUGGGCAACCGGAUCUAUGUUUCCCAGCCAGAAAGCUCGAAGCGGCAAAAGGCUGUCUUCGAGGCCGAGCAGACGCAGUAUAAUGAGCGAAAUGAGAAGACCAUCGAUUCACAAAGAGAGACUUGUGAGGCCGGGCAAGUUGCCAAUCAAACGGGGUAUGAAUGCCAAUCUCCAUCUGCCGACAUUUUAUAUUCAAGAGACUUCCAAGCCAGCAACGGCCUGAUGGAAGAUUGGAAAAUCGACAGCGAAGUGGUGACAUCGCAGAACCUACCUCCCAGUCUUGUCGGCCGCUUUCCGCUCAGUACAGACGAUCCUGAGGAGCGCCUGAGCCCUUUCGGCCCUUGUACAACGCAGUCAUACUUUGAUAUGGCUCUUCCGGUUUCCUUGCCACCUCGGCUCCAACCCCAAAUUCCAGCACCUGGCACUCCUUCAGCCGAGGGCCGCCACACCUUUCAUCAGCUCUUACUGGUUCUAAACUACUUAUUCAUUACUGCAAAGCUCCCUGGAAAUGAAGGCUCCUUGUGGGCCAUAAUAUACCGGAGUGACUAUGACUGGGAGAACAGUUUCGCCUUGCAGUACAGUCGGUUGCAGUCUUGGCUCAGUGAUAUCCGCGACGCUUUAAGCGAAUCUCAGGGCUUGCGUACUAUGUCAUGUGAAGACUUGGAAAUGCAGAUCCGAUAUAUUCUGUUCCUUCUCGGACAAUAUUCAUCGCAAGAGUCUAGCUUUGUUCAAAAGUGUUUCGACCAACCCUAUUUUCCUUACAGACCAUUUGGUGUGGGAGCCAGCAUCACUCUGAUAUGCUACGCUUUCAUGGGUAUUGAUGCUCUGCAUAUACGGGACUACGAAUCGAAAGAGAUCUGGUUACGUGACGAGCUAUUCUAUUCUGCCAUGCUGGAGCAUCUGAGAAUGUCACCAAUUUUCUCCUCUAACCUCUCGAUGGGGCAGCUGCAGUCCAUCCUCACAAGUCUUCAAAGGGCGUUCCAGAACGAAGAAGUCAGGGUUGCGGCAGUACUUCCCCAAAGAAUUGAUGUCAAAAACAGAGCGGAGGUGAUAAACUAUUACACGCAUGCAUUCUUAUCGUUAGAUCCGCUCCUUCUUCCCAGGAUAUCUCUGGUUUGGGGGAUUAAGCCAUUUGCUAACUGCACCAUUCGUGAUUUGGCCACCACCUCUGCAAUUUUGUUCUACAGCAAAAGUCUGAUCCGAGAUCUAGAAGAAGAUAUCAAAAUGAUCCCUGAAAUUAUGCAAUCAAAGCCCGAUCGCAUCGUGGUCACGGAAAUGUUUCAUGUCAAAGCGUGGCAGGAGAUUUGUCGGGGUGGCCGCCGAGAAGAACUGUACAUUAAUGUAUUUUAUGUUUCUGUCGGACCUAUGGCACAACGGAUGACCUAG